AUGGUGCGUGAUAGCGGGACGCUGUGGCCAAGGUCCCAGUUCAGUAAGGUGGAUGUGCUGUCGUGGGCGCUGUUACGGAGUGCGCUGAAGCCUGGGGAGGUGCUGAAUAUAAUACCGGUGGACUUCAAGAGUGAGAAUGCCACGAUUCCACGCUUGCCCGUGGAAAUCUUGGAACUGGUACUGAAAUACGUUGACGAGCUUGAUCCAAAGUAUCUGCUGGUGAACAAGACCUUCUACUGGCUGUAUCUACCGCUCAUAUACAACAAGCCAAAGCUUGAUUCGCAUAACUUCCAUAUGUUUGUUGAGUCGAUCUCCAAACCGAAGAACAAAGUCGGACAGCUCGUGAAAACGUUGGACCUGUCGAUGAUCAUCCAAAGUGGCAAGAACUCGUACGUCUCAAAGGUGUUGAGACGGUGCUCUGAGAACUUGGAGGUGUUCAUUGCUCCUCAGACAAGUUUUGGAUAUGCGCCUCUCAUCAGCUUGAGAGGCUGUAAGAACAUCAAGGUGCUGGACUUGGGACUCGUCUCUGAGACGGUCAAUCUAAGUGAACUGUUCCACGCGAUCCAGAACUUGAAAAGGCUCACGAGAUUAUCGUUUCCAAGAUCAUCCAUCUCCUGUAAUGAGGAGUGUGAUGAGUCGUAUUGGCCUCCGAAUCUUUGGCAUUUGAGACUCAGUGGUGGUAUCUCUGAAAAGUUUCUUUCAGACUCCAUAUUCCCCUCCACGAUAACACGUCUGGAGUUUGCACACUGUCCCCUGAUUACUGAGUUUGCCAUGUAUAAGAUGCUGUUGAAAUAUGGUGAGAACCUGACCCAUCUUUCUGUUCAAUAUCCAAUGCCAGGGUUGAAGGACAACUCUUUGGAUUUCCUCUUCACUUACUGUCCCAACCUGAUCUUCCUACAAGUGUUUGUCGACUAUUGUUCCAAGUUCCUCUUCUCGGAGGAUCUGUUGCCGAAGCUGAGUGGUCGGGAGCGUCCUCUGAAGACCCUAUGGAUCGAGUCCAGCGGUGGACUGGGACAGAGCUCCAAGAUCCACCCGGAUGACCUGACCAUUGCGCUCAUGGAGGAUCGUCUGCCAUGCUUGAAGAACGUGCGAGUGACCUCGAAACUGGGCUGGGAUGAACAGAACGACGACGUUGUUGAUCUUGCUGCUCUCUUGGAUGAUAACGGUGGUGGCUUGUACGUAAACUACACUUGAUUUACUUCUUUUCAGGAGCAUCCAUCCGGCCAAUCGUUGUGUGCUUUUUACCUUAUGACGUGUGUCUUCACCCUCCAAUGUGUUUUUAAUCUCUUUAUUCUAUUUUAACGACCGUUACGAAUGCUCCUCC